AUGGCCUCGCCCGAACAACGCCAGACGGAAAUUGCCCAGGGGCUCACGCACAUUAGGGAGCUGGUGGAGGCCAAGCGCACCACGCCGACUGCGCGGCUGGUAGCAGUCAGCAAGCUGAAGCCGUCGUCGGAUCUGCAGAUUGCGUACGAUCUCGGGCAGCGGCACUUUGGCGAGAACUACGUGCAGGAGCUGGCGGACAAGGCCCAGGAGCUGGCGACGGACAUCAAGUGGCACUUUAUUGGGCGGCUCCAGAGCAACAAGUGCAAGAUGCUGGCGGCAAUCCCGAACCUGUGGGCAGUCGAGACCAUCGACGAUGCAGCCAAGGCACGCAAGCUGGAUGCGGCGUGGGCCAGUGCGGGGCGCGACAGGCCGCUCAACAUCUACGUGCAGGUGAACACCAGCGAGGAGCCAAACAAGGGCGGCGCCGAGAUCGACGACGUGCCCGGCGUGGUCGAGGCAAUCCGGGAGCAGUGCAAGAACCUGCGAGUCAUUGGCCUGAUGACGAUCGGGUCCAUCGAGGGAUCCGACCAGAUCCCCAACCCCGACUUUGUGCGCCUGGUGAAGCUGCGCGACGCGAUCCAGAGCCAGACCGGCCAGGAGCUGGAGCUGAGCAUGGGCAUGUCGGGCGACUUCGAGCACGCGCUGGAGCUGGGCGCGACCAACGUGCGAGUGGGCUCCAGUAUCUUUGGUUCGCGCAAGAUGAAGAAUUAA